UGUCACUGUCACUCUGCCACGCCUCCCAACUCGGUCUCUCUCUCACCGCCGACUCACCUAACUCACCAACUUGACCUCCAUAAAAACUCUGCCUCUGCCUCUCUCUCUUUCUGAAGCUCUCUGUUUCUGAAAACAUGGGUUUGAAGCAAAGUGAAAAGUCAGAGCCAAUGAUAGAGAUCAACGGUCUGAAAUUCACGUACCCGGGAAUCGACGGUCAUCCUCCGCCGGGUUCCACUCCUUUGAUCGAAGAUUUCUCUCUCUCUCUUCACUCCGGUGAUCGCUGCCUCCUUGUUGGAUCCAAUGGCGCUGGGAAAACGACAAUUCUGAAGAUAUUGGGAGGGAAGCACAUGGUUGAACCCCAUAUGGUCCGCAUACUUGGAAGAUCGGCAUUUCAUGACACCACAUUGACUUCUUCUGGUGAUCUCAGCUAUCUUGGUGGCGAGUGGAAGCGAGAAGUUGCUUUUGCCGGAUUUGAGGUUGCAAUACAAAUGGAUGUUUCUGCAGAAAAAAUGAUAUAUGGAGUUGCGGGUAUUGAUCCUCAAAGAAGAGAUGAGUUAAUUAAGGUACUGGAUAUCAAUCUAUCAUGGAGGAUGCACAAGGUAUCUGACGGUCAGAGAAGACGAGUGCAAAUCUGUAUGGGUCUUCUCAAGCCAUUCAAGGUCCUUCUUCUUGAUGAGAUAACAGUUGACCUUGAUGUUCUAGCAAGGGCUGACCUUCUGAAGUUUCUAAGAAAGGAGUGUGAAGAGCGAGGUGCCACAAUCAUCUAUGCAACACAUAUAUUUGAUGGCCUAGAGAACUGGCCAUCUCAUAUAGUUUAUGUGGCUCAUGGGAAGUUGCAAUUAGCAAUGCCUAUGGAUAAAGUCAAGGAAAUCAGCAAACUGUCACUAAUGAGAACAGUUGAAAGUUGGCUGAGGAAAGAACGAGAUGAGGAGAGGGAGAGAAGGAAACAGAGAAAAGCAUGUGGACUUCCAGAAUUUGAGAAACAAAUUGAAGGAAGUCGUGUGACUGGUGAUCCAGCCCGUGUUGCCACUCGAGCGCUUAACAAUGGUUGGGCAGCAGGCCGGUUGCAUUCCACCAUUGCUGGAGAAGAGAACUUUGUUUUAAGCUCAAAUAGAGUUCUGAGAUAGAUGAAUUCAAGUUAUUCAACACAAAGGAAAGGCCCCAAGCUUUGCGCCUUGAUCAUACAACAAUUAGUUGGGAUAAUCUGCGGCAGGUCCUUGUGAAUUGGGAUGACCGCAGAAUAUGUUGCCACUAGUACAUGACAUUCAGAUUAUCAUUUACAGUUGUGUAAUAAUUUCUUGUGUUACUUUUGUGGAAGCAUGCUAUGGAAAUGGCUUGCUUCCUUUUAAAAAAAUAAAAAUUGUGGGUAUAUUAUUCGAUUCUGUCAACAGUCAACACUAAA